GUUUAACGCCCGUACACCGCGUGACGAUUUCAUUUGUUUUUCCGCAUCGGGUGGCGAAGGGGUCUUAACGGUCAGAUCACUGUGUACGUGGCCUCACGCUAUACAAAAUCUUAUAAAUUGGUGACACUCCGUAGGUGACACGCCAUGGACAACAUCCCCAAAACGACAAUCUCGUUGGAGUAUGAGCUCUUCUCUGCUCAAGAUCUGGGAGCCUCCGUGCUAAAGCUGGAGGCCGUGACCCUGCACAAGGUUGGAGCAGAGUCGCCCACUUUCCAUGGGGUGAUGAAGGCGUCGGAAGAACCCGAGCGGUGGACGAGAGUGUUCACGGAGCAUGACGAGGGCACGGCGCGGGAACUGGCGGAACGACUGGACGCGUCCCUCCGCCCGUUCACGAGCUGUCCGCGGGAGGACGACGACCAGCAGAGACGACGCAAGCUCCUGGCCGUCGCCCGGUGCCUCCAGGAGCGGCCGAAGUGGACGCUGGCGCACGUGGCGGCCUACUGCGGCCUUCACCAGGCCCUGUCUCAUGCCGAGGUCUGCAGAACCAUCGACGAGCCGGAGAGCGACUACGGCUGCACCCCGCUGAUGAUGGCUGUGGAGGCGAAGCAGGUGGCGUGCGCACGUGGGCUGCUGGGUCUGGGCGCGCGCGCGGAAGUGGCGGACAAGCAGGGGAACAUCGCGGCGCACUACAUGGCCUCGCAGGUCAACGACGACGUCGCCAUGCUGAUCUACGACCUGGCGGAGGGCGGCGUUGAAUGGCUGGGUGCACGCAAUGGCGCCGGCAGCACGCCGCUGCACGUGGCCGCGCGUGCCGGGGCGCUCUCCGCCAUGAUCGCGCUGCUGGCCAAUGGCGCCGACUUCGACGCGAGAGACGAGGCCCACGGAGACACGCCCCUGCACGUGACCAUCAAGAGGAUCGUGCAAAGCAUGCGCGACAGCUGCAGCUCAAGCGGCGUCGGUGAGGGUGAGCAUGUACAGAAUCUGUGCACGGUGGUGAAGGCCCUGGUGUUGUUUCGGGCUGACCUGACGGUGGAGAAUAAAGAUGGACAUUCGGUGUGGGACCUUGCCGCAGACGUGCACGCCGGGGGCGUGAAGGACCAGGUGUUGUCGCUGCUGCGACACGGAGAGGCCUACGCACGAGCAUCAGCUCCAACUCCAGUCUCAGGACUCAAUGACCCCAGUGCUGCUGCGGAUGAAGACGGCAAAGAAAGCGUCACGGGCGGCAGUGGUGAUGGUGGUGGCGCAGCACCUGUGCUCGGUGGGGGAGGCCGCGUGCUCUGCAUGGACGGCGGUGGCAUUCGGGGCCUGGUGCUCGCUCGCAUCCUUGAUUUCCUCUGGCGAAAGAACAAUCAGCGGAGCUUGGCUGAGCUCUUUGACUGGGUGGCCGGUACCAGCACGGGCGGCAUCCUGGCAAUCGGCAUAGGCCUUGGAUUUCAACCACCGAAAAUAAUAGAGACGUACUUCCAAUUGAAGGACAAAGUGUUCCGAGGAGCCAAGCCACAUUCCACCAUAAAGCUGAAAGAGGCCAUGCAAUUUAUAUUUAAGAAAGUUAAUCUUGGAUCCAUCACACACCCAAGGGUGAUGGUGACGUCCACCAAGGUGGAUAUUUUACCGGUGGACCUGAUGUUGUUCACGAACUACAAACAUCCUGAUGCAGAGACGUGCGGAGACUCCCCCGGUCUUCCAGAUCCCAUCUACCGUCGCAUGUCGGACCUUCUCGCGUGGCAGGCGGCCACGUGGACCUGCUCGGCACCAUUCUUAUUCUCGCCGAUCUAUGACCUGGUGGACGGGGGCCUCCUGGCCAACAACCCCACCAUGACCAUGCUGGCGGAGGUCUACCACCACAGCAGAGGCUUGAAGUCCAAGGAGCCGGGUCUGGACAAACCCUCGCUGAAGGUGGUGCUGUCGCUCGGCACUGGGAAAAAGCCCACGGUGGAGGUCGGGCCACCAUUCCCGACCUGCUUGGGGGAAUUGUUCUUUCCAAGUAUGCUUGUAAAAGUGUUCAACUGCGUCAUGUCUGUCAUGACCAUCACAGAGGCACAUCAGCUGAAGGCCGCUAAGGGAUGGUGUCACAGCAUCAACGUGCCUUUCUUCAGGAAGAACCCCGAGUUCGAAGACCUUGUCAAGAUUGAUGAGACGGACAACACAAAGUUGCUGCAACUCAUAAAGGAAGUGGAUGACUAUAUACUCAGUGAUUUGGAUAACAUGUCGCACAUCGCAAAGCUGUUGUCACCCUCCGACGUGACGACUGGCUUUACUGCAUAAUCAAGCGGCAGCUACCAGUAAGGCCAGCACGUUUACUCACUUUGCGCCAUCCGCCACUGUUAAACGUCAUGGCGGGAAUCCUGAUUAUGUUUGAUCGUCGCCUCCCAGCGCUAAUAAUAAACUACGUUCAGCCAUGAAUACACGAUAGCUCAAUUAUGUUUUAAGUCACAAGAUCAAUUUAAUAAUUUACAUUGGGAGGCAGGUUUGGUGUCGGCAGCGCAGUGGUGAUGCCCGUGCCUCACAGGAAGAAGGGUCCUGGGUUCGAUUCCCAAUUCAGGAAUCUUUCUGAGUGGAUUUUGUGUGUUCUCUCCGUCUAUUCCGCAUGGGUUUCCCCACUGGGUUCUUUCGUUUUCUCCCAUGGUUAAAAACCCCACAAUGUAACUGGUAUUGACCAUAAACAUUCCGGUGC